AUGGAUUCCGAUGCGACUUCAAGAUAUGUGCCGGAGUACAGAAAGGCGAACUUCAAAAACAAGAACCGGUUCCAGCAGGACGAGGUGAGAAGAAGGAGAGAGACACAACAGGUGGAACUGAGAAAACAGAAGCGAGAGGAACUGCUGACCAAGAGACGGAACUUCAACGCGCCAAGCGGCAUGAACGACUCGGACGAGGAGGACGAGGAGACACAAAGCGCAGAGACCGUUUUCUAUAGACAGUUACAGGAGGAGUUGCCGAAAAUGGUGAACAGUAUUAAUUCUAGCGAUCUGGAACAACAGCUCGACGCCACCAUCAAGUUCAGACAGAUUUUGUCGAAAGAGCACAACCCGCCGAUCGACCUUGUUAUUGAGAGCGGUGUGGUGCCACGGCUGGUGGAGUUCAUGCGCUCGGGCCCGGAAAUCCUCCAGCUGGAGGCUGCGUGGGCGUUGACCAACAUUGCAUCGGGAACCUCUGAACAGACGAAAUUUGUGGUGGACGCGGGUGCGGUGCCGCUGUUUGUGAACCUGCUGUACUCGCCGUCGAUGGAGGUCAAGGAACAGGCGAUCUGGGCGCUGGGUAACGUGGCUGGCGACUCGUCUGCGUACAGAGACUACGUGCUGUCGUGCAACGCUAUGGACCCUGUUCUUUCGCUGUUCCAGUCGUCCAAGAUGUCGCUUAUCCGGACGGCCACCUGGACGCUCUCCAACCUGUGUCGGGGAAAGAACCCGCAGCCGGACUGGCAGAUCGUCAAGAGUGCGCUGCCUACGUUGGCCAAGCUGAUUUUCUCCGUGGACGUGGAGACGCUGAUCGACGCAUGCUGGGCGAUUUCGUACCUGAGCGACGGCACGACGGAGGCGAUCCAGGCCGUGGUGGACGCCAGAAUCCCCAAACGGCUGGUGGAGCUGCUGGGCCACGAGAGCACGCUGGUCCAGACCCCGGCGCUCAGAGCGGUCGGAAACAUUGUCACAGGUAACGAUUUGCAGACGCAGAUUGUGAUCAACGCGGGCGUGCUGCCUGCGCUUGCUCCGCUGCUGAGGUCGCCAAAGGAGUCGAUCAGAAAGGAGGCGUGCUGGACGAUUUCCAACAUCACGGCCGGAAACAGCGACCAGAUCCAGGCGGUGAUCGACUCGAACCUGAUUCCGCAGAUCAUCAAGCUGCUGGCCACGGGCGACUAUAAGACGAAGAAGGAGGCGUGCUGGGCAAUCUCGAACGCGUCGUCGGGCGGGCUCACUCGGCCGGACCAGAUCCGCUACCUUGUUUCCCAGGGCUGUAUCAAGCCGUUGUGCGAUUUGCUGGCCAUUGCAGACAACAAGGUGAUCGAGGUGACGCUCGACGCCUUGGAGAACAUCCUGAGGAUGGGAGAGCUGGAGAAAGAGGCCCGGGGCUCCAACAUCAACGAGAACGCCAUCUUUAUCGAGGAGGCCGGCGGUGCAGAGAAGAUCUUCGACUGUCAGAGCAACGAGAACGACAAGAUCUACACCAAGGCGUACCACAUCGUGGAGACCUAUUUCAGCGGCGAGGAGGCCGAGGAGGAGUCUGCGGGGCUGCAGCCGGAGAUGAGCGGCGACCAGUUUGGGUUCGGAAUGAACUCCAGCGUCCAGCAGGGCGGCUUCCACUUUGGCUGA